AUGUCUGUUACCAUCGAAAAGAUCCUAGCCGCUUCGCCCGCUACCCAGCGCGGCCAGCCGACGCAGCUCUCCUCCGACAACAAAGGAGAGCGUCUUGCAUAUGCUGCCGGCAAAUCCAUCUUCCUCCGAUCCAUCGACAACCCCUCCGUCAGCAAGCAGUACACCGGUCACACCGCGCAAACGAGCGUUGCCCGCUUCUCGCCCAGCGGUUUCUACGUCGCCAGCGGAGACGUCUCGGGUUCCGUAAGAGUCUGGGAUGCCGUCGAGGCCGAGAACACCAAGGGCGAGUACCACAUCAUCUCGGGCCGCAUCAACGAUAUUGCCUGGGACGGCGACUCCCAACGGAUCAUUGCCGUCGGCGACGGGAAGGAGCGGUUCGGCCACUGCAUCACGGCCGACAGUGGCAACUCGGUCGGAGAGAUCAGCGGGCACUCCAAGGCCGUCAACUCGGUCGCCGUUCGGCAGCAGCGUCCGCUGCGCGCAGCCACCGUCUCCGACGACGCAUCUCUCUGCUUUCUGCACGGCGCGCCUUUCAAGUUCAACUCGAAGAACGCCUCGGCUCACAAGGGCUUCGUUUUCGGCACGGCCUUUUCCCCCGACGGCAGCCAGCUCGUGACGGUCGGCGCCGAUAAACGCAUCCAGCUCUACGACGGGAAGACGGGCGAGCCCACGAUUUCGAUCGGUGAGGGAGAGCACACCGGCAGCAUUUUUGCAGUGUCUUGGGCCAAGGAUGGCACCAAGUUCGUCACCGCCAGCGCGGACCAGACCGUCAAGCUCUGGGACGUUGAGGCCGGCAAGGCCACGCAGACGUGGAAGUUUAGCGACGGCGUCAGCGUGGGCGACCAGCAGGUUGGAGUCGUCUACCCCCACGGCAGGACCGACGGGUUGAUCAUCAGCUUGAACCUGAACGGCGACUUGAACUACCUGAACGAGGGCAGCGAUAGGCCCAGCAAGAUCGUCCAGGGCCACAACAAGAGCAUCACAGCGCUGGGCGCUUCGUCUGAUGGCAAGGGCCAGACGCUCUGGAGCGGCAGCUUUGACGGCCGCGUCUGCCAGUGGGACGUGGCCUCGGGCACCGGCUCCGUCGUCGACGGACAGGCGCACACGAACCAGGUCACCCAAUUCAGUGCCGAGGGGGGACAGACGUACAGCGUCGGGUGGGACGACCACCUGCGGACGGUCGACGAGUCGGCCAACACUUUUGCCGGCGAGUCCGUCAAGCUCGCGGCGCAGCCCAAGGGCGUCGCGGCCACCGGCGGGAGGCUGUACGUGGCCACCGUCGAAGGCGUCGACGUUUACGAGAAGAACAAGCUGGUCUCGGAGAACCGUCUUGGGUUCGCUCCCGGUGCCAUUGCGGCCUACGGCUCGACUGUGGCGGUGGGGUCCGGCAACUCGGUCAAGAUCUACAGCGCCGACGGCUCAGGCAAGCUUUCGGAGACCAAGUCUCUUGACAAGUCAACAGCGCAGAUCUCCUGUCUGUCCUACUCUAGAGACGGCCAGUACCUGGCUGCGGGCAAUCAGAUCGGCAAGAUCGUGGCCUACAAGACGGCCGACUGGGAGGUGGCAACGGACCGCUGGUCUGCGCACACGGCAAGGGUUACGUGCAUCAGCUGGAACGACGCCGCGACGCACGCCGUCUCCGGCGCCCUGGACACGCACGUCUACGUCUGGAGCUUGGCGAAGCCCGGAAGCCGUGUCAAGGCCCUCAACGCCCACAAGGACGGUGUCAAUGGCGUCGCGUGGGUCGAGAGCGGAUCCAAGAUUGCGAGCGCCGGCGGCGACGCCGCGAUCAAGGUUUGGACCGUGGCUGGGCUCCAAUAG